AUGCCUUCUCUCUUGAAAUUGGCCACUGCGGUUACCCUUCUUACCGAAGGUGUCCUUGGACGACAAGCACCUACUGUGCGAGUCAAGAAUGGUACCCUUGAAGGCAAAUAUGUUGCUGGAUAUGAUCAAGAUCUCUUCCUCGGUGUUCCUUUUGCUCAACCUCCUGUCGGACAACUUCGUCUUCAGAACCCUCAGCCUCUGAAUGAGACUUUCAAAGUCAAGAAGGUUACCAAGUAUGCUGACUCUUGUGUUGGUUAUGGAAACAGCCCUGAUCAGGGUCCUGCGACUUUCAGCGAGGACUGUUUGACUUUAAAUAUCGUCAGACCUGCCAUGUUCAAGGGCAAUAAGAAGGGAAAACUCCCAGUUGGUGUCUUUAUCCACGGUGGAGGCUGGACCAUGGACUUUAGCGCCAACGGUGUUUACAACAUGAGCUUCAUGGUAGAAGAGUCAGUCAAGAUGGGCAAGCCCUUCAUUGGAGUCUCCGUCGACUACAGACUUUCUUUCUGGGGCUUCAUGGCCAGCCAGGACAUCCUUGAUGCCGGAGUUGCUAACCUCGGCUUGAAGGACCAGCGCAUUGCUCUGCACUGGGUUAAGGAGAACAUCGCUGCCUUUGGCGGUGACCCCUCCAAGGUCACCAUCUUCGGUGAGAGUGCUGGUGGCGGUAACGUCGGCUACCAAGCCAUGGCCUACGGAGGCGUUGACGAAAAGUUGUUCCGUGGUAUCAUCGCCCAAUCUGGAGCUGAUGGAACUGACAUGAAGAACUACACCGCGCCUCAGCAACGUUACGACACUAUUGUCAAGGCUGUUGGCUGUGACAAGGAGUCCGAUAUGCUUGCCUGCCUCCGUCAAGUCCCCUUUGAGAAGCUCAAUGCGACAAGCACCAAGAUCCAGGGCAGCUUCUACCCCGUUGUUGACGAUGACUUUGUCCCCGACUAUCCCUCCAAGCUUCUCGCCAACGGAAACUUCACCAAGGUACCACUCAUGGCUGGAACCAAUGCCGAUGAGGGUAGCUUCUUCGGCAUGCCUGGCGUCGAUUCAUCCGAGGAGGCUGCUGCUCGCCUUCGAGCCACUGGCCUCGAUACAGAUACAAUUGAGACACUCCUGGCUCUGUAUCCCAACAUCGACGCUCUCGGAAUCCCCUCUGGUUACCGUUACAAGCCUAGCGAUCCUGUCAAGAAGCAGUUCAAGCGAUGGGCUGCUCUGCAGGGUGAUCAGCUCUUCAUGUCGUGGAGACGUGCGCGAACUGAUGCUUGGUCUAAGCAUAACGUGACUUCAUAUGCGUACCUGUUUGAGUCACCUAACACCAACAUGCGGGCCGCAGCCGACUAUAUCGGAACUCCUCACUUCGUCGAGGUCGCUUAUGUCUUCUACAACUUGCUCGGCCAAGGCUACGGCAAGGGUCAAGGCCCUCUCGUCAACGCAUCCAAGGAGGUUCUUGAGCUUGCCAAGCUGGUCAGCCAUAUGUGGAUCAGCUUCAUCACCGAGCUCAACCCCAACGAACACGGAAUUAACGGUGUUCCUGAGUGGCCUACUUUCAACAAUGGUGGUGGCUAUGGCGAGCACUUCUACUUCAAUCCCAAUGGCUCGAUGGCUCAGCCUGAUACUCUCCGACUGGCCGGUACUACUUUCAUGAACUCGGUUUCCGCGGAUCAAUACGGAAGGUAA